CGCAUGGCAAACGUCAGCUGAUCCACUCGCUGCGUUUGUCACGUUUGACGUCUCUCCCUGCCCACGUUCGCGGCCAAAAUACGAUGACCCGGCUGGUCCUCGGUUUGCUGAUCUGCGUCUUCGUGACGGCGAGCUUCGUGGACACGCGACUGACCAAAUACGCGUUUCACGGGGAUUACAAUGAUUACAAUGAUAUGCAACAUAACACAGAGGAUGAGAGUAGAAAACUAAAUCUAUUCGACCUAUACCGGACGUAUUUGGAAGACAAUACAGACAGGGGGAACCGCAGGGACAUUGAGGAUGACCCAGAGAAUUGGACUGGACGUUGGAUGCCUGACAGAUUAGGCGAUCCAACACCAUCACCCAAAGUGUACCCACACAGUGAACAGGCAACUCAUAAAUCCAUGAUGGAAAAUCAUCAUGACAUGGGCCACACGUCAUCAGACUGUGACGACGCAAUGACUAACUUGACCGUUGAUUGGGAUCAUUCCGUGUCAACGCAAACUUGUUACGGUCAUCACAUCAUACCGAGUAAGAAGAGACCACGCAUCUAUUGCGAGUACAUUCCAAAGGCAUACAAGGCCGCCCACAGAUGUAUGAACGAAACGAUCGAGUACGAUGAUGAUGUGCCUCUUUACGGUCCCCACAGGCCUUUAUGGCCGGUUUACGGAGAAUACAUGUACCUGCCCAAACAGAGAUGGCUGCACAGUCUCGAGCAUGGAGCGAUCGUUAUGUUGUACCAUCCGUGCGCGAAUCGGCUGGAGGUAAAACGUCUGAGGGAGCUCGUCGGCCGGUGCCUUUGGCGGCACGUUAUCACGCCGUGCAGCGAUCUGGACGAGGACUAUCCUUUGGCGCUUCUGUCUUGGGGGUGCAAGCUGACUAUGUCUUACGUGAAUCCCGCGGUGGUGAUGAAGUUUAUACGGGAGAGAGCUCUUCGUGGCCCGGAGCAGACUCCGGAGGACGGCCAGUUCAAAGACGCGCUGCUGAGGCCGUCCGAGGUAGUCACAGAUCCAACGGACUCGGUCCUCUGCCCGGGGAUAUAUUAGGCGUACGCGCGCGAUUAACGGCGCGAUUUCUCCGAAAUUUACACCUCAGGCAUUUGUGUUUAUAUUUGCGUGUGUAUGUGUGUAUAUAUUUCUUUGUGAAUUACAUGUAGUCGUCGGCCACUUCUUGUUGAUUGUACGUUACGUUUAAUUAGCAUAGCAAUUAUUUAUACAUAAAUUGUAAAAAACUACUUCGGUAAACGUGAGUGGACUCGGUUCCCUACCGGUAGCGUGUUACGAUAAUAUGUGGUCUUUCGCAAAAUAUCGAGUACAACAAUAAAUCAUUCGUGAGAGUGCAAGA